CUUUCUCACAAACGUCGGUGAUAUUUUUUCUGUGUAGCUCUCGUGCCACUGGCGGAAUUAUACCUCCAUAUCUUUAGGUUAUGCCAUGUGGACUGCUGGGGACCCUAGGGCCCAUUUUUGUCCCCAGAGUAAACUUUAACCUAUAAACCACGUGCCAAACAACAAUUCUCUCUCUGAAGGAUAAUAAUUGUUUUCAUCUGUGAAAAUGGGUAAAAAGUCAUUGAAACGAAAGAAGGAGCAGGAGAAAGUGAGUGUUGUUAAACCUGAAGAGGAUAUGGAAGUUAUUCCAGCAAAAAGAUUCUCUGACGAACCACCGAUUAAAAGGGAGAGAUGGACGAAUCGUCAAAGAGUACUAGUAUUCGCAUCCAGGGGUAUAAACCAUCGGGAUCGUCACCUGAUGGAGGACCUGAAGUGCCUGAUGCCUCAUCACCGGACAGAAUCAAAAAUGGAAAGGCAGAAGAAUCUGCAGGUCGUCAACGAGAUCUGCGAGUCGAAAAACUGCAAUAAAGCUGUUUUGUUCGAAGGGAGAAAGAAGAGGGAUCUAUACAUGUGGUUUUCAAACGUUCCCACUGGUCCUUCAGUUAAAUUUCUGGUUGAAAAUAUCUAUACAAUGGGAGAACUUAAACUCACAGGCAAUUGUCUGAAAGGGUCUCGUCCAAUCCUCUCAUUCGAUGAGAAUUUCACGACAAAUCCUCAUUACGCUCUUCUCAAGGAAUUAUUUACCCAGAUAUUCGGAGUUCCGAAUCAACACCCUAAGAGCAAGCCAUUCUUCGAUCAUGUGUACACAUUCAGCGUUUUAGAUAAUAGAAUAUGGUUCAGGAAUUUCCAAAUUCUGACUGAGGAUGGUGGACUGGCAGAGAUUGGUCCCAGAUUUGUUUUGAAUCCUGUGAAAAUUUUUUCCCAGAGUUUUGGGGGUGAAACACUCUGGGACAAUCCCUUCUACAUCUCCCCAGCGAAAUAUCGUCAGACAAUCAAUAAAAAGGCUGGAGGAAAAUACAUAAAUAGGGUCCAACAGAAAGUGGCGCAGAAGGUUAAUAAACCAGAGAUUUCCUAUGCCAUGAAUCCCCUGGAUGAUAUAUUCAAGGGAGAAGCACUCGAGAGGGCUAAGGAGCUCGAGGAAAACGAGGUAGAGGGCCUGUCCACGAAGACAACUGGGGAGGAAUCCGUCGAUCCUUUCAAGGGCAAAUCCCCGGCUGAGAUCAGGAAUCUGGAAAAGAAAGCAAUCAAGAACUUCCAGAAGCUGGCGAAGAAA